AUGCCCGCACCAAAGCCGACAAACCGGACCCCGGUCUCCAACCCCGUCCCCUCCUUCUGGAACGCCGCCCCCCGCCCCCUCGACGACCACCGCACAACCCCGGACCUCCCCGCCGCGAGCGACAUCGUCAUCGUCGGCGCCGGCUUCGCGGGCGUCGCCACGGCCUACCACAUCCUCAAGGACAACCCAUCCCCGCCGUCCAUCACCAUCCUCGAGGCCAGGAAGGUGUGUUCCGGCGCCUCGGGUCGCAACGGCGGGCACGUCAAGCCCGACACGUAUUUCCAGGUGCCAAAGUACACCAAGCUCUUUGGUCCCGAGCAGGCAGCCGCGUUGGCCGCGUUUGAGGCCUCGAAUGUGUACGCCGUCAAGGAGCUCGUGGAGAGUGAGGGCUUAGAUUGCGACUUUCACUUGACAAGGGCGGUUGAUGUGUAUCUUGAUCCGGAGCAUGCCAAGGAGACUGAGGCUGCGUAUCGGGAAUUAGUGAAGGCGGGGGUCGUGAAUAUGAAGGAUGUUGCUUUCACUCCAAAGAAGGAUGCUGAAAGAGUCUCAGGAGUCAAGGGCGCUCAAUGCGCCUUCUCUUUCACAGCAGCACAUCUAUGGCCAGCAAAAAUGGUCUACCAGCUACUAGACCGCCUCCUCAAAAAGGGGUUGAACCUGCAAGCCAACACGCCAGUAACAUCGAUCUCAUCAACGCCCGACGCCGCCGGCCGCUGGACAAUCCAGACCCCGCGCGGCGCCAUCAGCGCCGGCACAGUCGUCGUAGCCACAAACGGCUACACAGCUCAAGUCCUCCCGCAAUACGAAGACCGCAUAGUCCCCGUCCGCGGCCUCUGCAGCCGCAUCACCACCCCGGGGGGCCCCAACAGCCCGCACCUGGUCAACACGUACGGCAUCCGCUUCGACGCGCGAAACAACGACUACCUCAUCCCCCGGGCGGACGGGAGCAUCGUCGUCGGCGGCGCGCGGCAGAUGUUUUGGCAUAAGCGCGGCGAGUGGUUCGACAACGUCCGGGACGACGAGCUAGUGAAGGGCGCGUCGCCGUACUUUGACGGGUACAUGCAGAGGCACUUCCGCGGGUGGGAGGAGAGCGGCGCGACGACGGAGAGGGUGUGGACGGGCAUCAUGGGGUACAGCUCCGAUUUCAUGCCGCACCUGGGUGGUGUGCCUGGGAAGCCGGGGCAGUACAUCAUUGCCGGGUUUUCUGGUCACGGCAUGCCGGAGAUUCUGCUCUCGAGUAAAGGCGUGGCGGCCAUGAUUCGAGAUGGGGCUUCAUUUGAGAGCACGGGGCUGCCGAGGAUCAUGGAGACGUCGAGGGCGAGGAUCGAGAGGAUCGAUAGCCCGCUCGAGGACGGACUCAAGUCUUUGUGGGAGGAUGAUGUGAAGGCGAAGCUUUGA